UGCCAGCUACACACAAUCUCUGCUGCUCAGAAAAAUCAUUCAGCACCAUGGACAGCAGUUUUCUCAAACUCGAUGCUGCAGAAUUUCUUGAAAUUUGGUUACGUUUUGAUUCUGAUGACAAUGGUUACAUUGAAGGCAAAGAGCUAGAUGAUUUCUUUAUGCAUCUGCUUAAGAAACUUGGCACUAAUGCAAUUACUACAGAAAAGGUUCAGAGGGUGAAGGACCGAUUUAUGUCUGCAUAUGAUGUCACUGCUGAUGGUCGGCUACAAAUACAAGAGCUUGCGAACAUGAUCCUGCCAGAAGAUGAGAACUUUCUCUUGCUUUUUAGAAGGGAAACUCCUUUGGACAACAGUGUGGAGUUCAUGCGGAUUUGGCGAAAAUAUGAUGAAGAUAGCAGUGGAUUUAUUUCUGCUGUAGAGCUCAGGAAUUUCCUGCAAGACCUCUUCUCACAACAUAAAAAACAGAUCUCAUCUGAUAAACUGGAGGAAUAUACUGAUACAAUGAUGAAACUUUUUGACAAGAAUAAAGAUGGGCGUCUGGAUCUGAAUGACUUAGCAAAGAUUUUGGCACUUGAAGAAAACUUUCUUCUACAGUUUAAAAUGGAUGCAAGUAGUCAAGACGAAAGAAAAAGAGACUUUGAAACAAUUUUUGCACACUAUGAUGUUAGCAAAACAGGAGAACUAGAAGGCCCAGAAGUAGAUGGAUUUGUUAAAGAUAUGAUGGAGCUUGUGAAGCCUAGCAUCAGUGGUGUGGAUCUUGAUAAAUUUCGAAAGAUUCUACUUAACCAUUGUGAUGUAAACAAAGAUGGAAAAAUCCAGAAGUCUGAACUUGCUUUGUGUCUUGGCCUCAAAGUAAACUUAUGAGGCUGCAUAGAAUCCACUUAUCAGUCCUUCUUUCUUCACGUGUCAGAAAACACUGGCAAAAGUGUAUCUUGCUCUUCUCACAAUCCUUGUCACAGUCGUGAUCGUGGAAGUUCGGAGCAUCAAAAUGUAAAAUAAUAUGCAUGAACAGUGCAAGAGUUAUUGGAAUGCAUGACAGACCUUUGAUAAAUGAAAAAGUAUACGUAAAUAUUUCUUGUGUUACUGCUUUAUCUGCAAAUUAAUACUGCUUGAGCUGCCACUGUUUUAUUCAUAGUAGUAGGAAGAAUCAACAUUGUUUAUAAUUGUAUUAAUUAUUGUGUUUUAUUUUUAGAUUGUUCUAGUUAGAUUAUUAUUUGUGUAAAUCUGUAUAAGUUAUUGUUAAUUGUGGAAUAAUAAAAUUUUAUGUUUUGGAAAAUAUAA